GAAAUCGAAAAGAUAAACAAAUCAAUAAAAUGGCAAACGUAUGCGAACCUCUAACGCUGGCCAAAGAUGUAAAACGCUCGAUUGAGCUGCUGGAAAAGCUGCAAAUGAGUGGCGAAGUGCCUGCCACCAAACUUGCGGCCCUGCAGAAGGUACUGCAAAGCGAUUUCCUCAAUGCCGUACGGGAGGUGUACGAACACGUGUACGAAACGGUCGACAUCCAGGGUUCGCUCGAUGUGCGUGCAUCCGCUACGGCCAAGGCAACGAUUGCGGCGUUCGCUGCGAGCGAAGGACACGCCCAUCCGCGCGUCGUCGAGCUGCCCAAAACGGACGAAGGGCUUGGGUUUAAUGUGAUGGGUGGUAAGGAGCAAAAUUCACCGAUCUACAUCUCACGCAUCAUACCGGGCGGGGUGGCCGAUCGGCACGGUGGACUUAAGCGGGGCGAUCAGCUGCUCUCGGUGAACGGUGUGUCCGUGGAGGGUGAAAACCACGAGAAGGCGGUGGAGUUGCUGAAGCAGGCGGUCGGAUCGGUAAAGCUUGUCGUGCGCUACACGCCCAAGGUACUGGAGGAGAUGGAACUGCGGUUCGAUAAGCAGCGUGCUGCUCGAAGGCGCCAACAGUAUUAAGCUAGCC